CCUACCAGAGCUCCUCCCUCUCCGCCCUGCACUGCAUUGUGGGCCAGCAGCGAACAGGAAGUGCAGCUUUACAGAGUGAAGUCACUGCGGAGUCCCAGCCGGUUCCUUCCCUUCACCUGUCUGCUGCGUGACCUCUGACCUCCUUCAUGCCUGUGUGUUGGAGCUGGACUUCAUGGAGCGCUGACCUCAGAGAAGACUCUCUGUGGAUAAAUGAGAGGCACAGCAGCUUCCUGCUGAGGGUCCAGCUGGUGAGUAACAGGAGAUUUCUCAGCUUAGCGGGCUGAUUAGGAAUAAGGAGAUUAGAGCCGCAGGAGCGAGUGCAGCCUCCUCUGCUCUGCUGCCCAUUCUGCUUUACGGCUCCAUGUCUGAGGCCAAACUGCCUUUCCUGAGCGAAGACUGCUGAGGAAGACUGGAGGCCAGAAGAUGGAGGACGGACAGGCGGUCAGGUGGAGUCCAACAAGAUCCUCAGCGAGGUUUCAGAUGGCAGCCAGGAAUAUCUAAAAUACCUCGCUAAGCUCCUUAUGAAGGCCCGUAGAUAGCAGCGACUGGCUUUCUCCUUCCCCACUUCUUCUUCUCUCCUGGAGGGAGGCCCACCCUGACCCCUCACCCUGCAUAGCUGGACCCCACUCUGGAUUGUGGGACCCCUCUCUUGGGUUGCUGUGCUUCCUGUGGGACUGGUGGACUGGAUGCCAGGGCUCUGCCCGGCCACAGCACCCAGGCUAAAGGACUGCAGACCGACAUGGCGGUUGGCAAGGUGACGUUCACCAAGGCGGAGAGGGAAAAACUCGCCCAGCUGCUGUGGCUGCUCAACUGGAUCUCUGUUUUAACUGGGGUCAUCCUCUUCAGCCUGGGCUUGUUCCUCAGGGUGGAGAUCCAGAAGCGACAGGAAGUGAUGUCAGACCAGGAAAUCCUCUACGUGCCUCACAUGCUGAUCACCACAGGCCUGGUUGCUUGCUGCAUCAAUUUCCUGGGUGGGAAGAUCUGCUACGAAUGCACAGACACCAGCAAGUUUCUGCGCUGGAAGCUGGUCCUGCUGCCGUACAUCGUCUGCACCUUCUUCUUCACCUUCUGUGUCCUGGUGGGGGCGCUCAUGUGCUACAGCAUUCGCAACCAGCUGGAGGAGUCGCUGUUCCUGGGUUUACGUAACGCCAUGCGGUACUACAAAGACACGGACACGCCGGGCCGCUGCUUCCUCAAGAGAACCGUGGAUCUGCUGCAGAUGCAGUUCCAGUGCUGCGGGAACGCCGGCUACCGUGACUGGUUCCACGUCCAGUGGAUCAGCAACCGAUACCUGGACAUGACCAGCAGCGACGUCAGGGACCGUCUGAGGAGUAACGUGGAGGGAAAGUACCUGAUGGACGGCGUUCCCUUCAGCUGCUGCAGCACGCUGUCGCCGCGGCCCUGCAUCCAGCAGCAGGUCACCAACAACUCCGCCCACUACAACUACCGGCACCAGACCGAGCAGCUCAACCUGUGGAGGCGGGGCUGCCGCCAGGCGCUGCUGGACCACUACACCAGCAUCAUGCGCUCCAUCGGCCUCAUCGUCCUGCUCAUCUGGCUCUUUGAGCUGCUGGUCCUGACGGGCGUUCGUUACCUCCAGACGGCCAUGGAGAACGUCCUCCGGCUGGGCAAUCCCGACUGCGAGUCGGACGGCUGGAUUCUGGAGAACAGCCUGGCGGAAACGGCCCGGUCCAACUUCAACAUCAUCAAGAACCUGGGGAAAUGUUACCAGGUGGACGACGACCCCAACAUCAACGUCCCGACCGCCGGCCAGCAGGAAGUGCCUUCACGCCCGGCCCAGAUCCCCGUGGCCGACUGACACCCGACCCGCGGCCGUCGCAGGAGCCCCGGGCGGGCCGGGACGUUCUGGGUUUGAUUCCCUGCUGACGAGGCCUCGCCGCUGUCCGCCUGAGCCUGACCUCUGACCUCUGACCUGAGGAUCACAGGAAACAAGCCUGACAUAGAACAUCACCUAGAGCGUCGUCUGGGGCCGCCCUGGCAGCGGAUUGAGCCCGAGCGCUCGCCUGAAGCCCGGCGCUGUGGCCUCGCAGCCGAGUCGUCCUUGUGCCAUAACGAGAACGGGACAGAGGCCACCUGGAUCACGUUGAACCCUUUACACACCUGGACCGACUUCCUGUCCAAAUGCACAUUCAAGCCCUGAAAGCUGCGCACAUGAGCUUGAUUUCUUUCAAGAACAUGAGAAAAACAGCAAUGAAGCAACUUAGCAAGACAUGACCUGAAGUUUCCAAGAAAUCAGUAAAAAGAAACUGAGCUGGAAAGUAGCUAAAACGUUAUUAGAAAAAAAUAUAUUAGAAAAAAUAUAUAUCUAAAAAAACUAGGGAAAAAUGUUCAGAGCACUGUAUUUAUAAUUAUUUUAUACAGGAAAGAAUAGAUAUUCUUUUGGCUAAUUUCAUGUCAUUUACUUUUACUUUUUUUAAAUUAUGCUGGUUUUAAAAACUUUGGUGGCUUAAUUUCAGGUUAUUUCCUUGUUUGUUUUUGUUUUUUACUUUUCUAUUUUUUUCUUUUAUUGUUAUUUUUCCAGUCAUUUCUUUUUUACUCAUUUCUUCAGGUUGCUCGUUGCCUUUUCUCACGUUUUAGGAAGAAAUCUAAGGAAUGUGCUCGGCCUUCAGAGGGUGAAGGUGGACUGUCCGGCCUGGGCUCAGGGUGUUCUCCAGUCCCAGCAGGAGAACGCAGACCAGCUGGGUUCUGCCCUCAGCGGGGAACGGGGCGGCUCGUCUGUUGAAAUGGGGCGGGGCUUAAAGGGUUAAUUCAGCCUGUUUCCUAAUUUCCCCUCGGGGAUCAAUAAAGUGUU